UUUAGGGGGUAUCGUUAAUUCCGGCCGGUGAAGGACAAGCUUUCUGGGGCCAAUAUAAAAGGAGUCCUCCUCCAUUGAUGGCAAGAAACUGUGAGGAAUUGGAGAAGCCUCUGGUUCCAUUUUCGAUGUAUAAUUGAAACCUGCUGGUUUCUCUAUUAAUACAACAAAUUCAAGCAGAGAGAGAGAGAGAGAGAGAGAGAGAUGUUGGAAGGGAAAGGGGUGGUGAAAGAAACAGACAUGGAAGAGAAGGUGCAGGUGGAAGCCAUGGCAGCUGCUUCUGAAGCUCUUGAUCUCUAUGAUGUCUUUGACUGCAUCUCCAUUGCAGCCCACAUCAAGAAGGAAUUUGACAGAAAAUAUGGGUGCGGGUGGCAAUGUGUGGUGGGUUCCAACUUUGGCUGUUUCUUCUCUCAUUCACAUGGAACUUUCAUCUACUUUGCGCUUGAGAACCUCAAAUUUCUCAUCUUCAAGGCUGCCUUUAGCUAAUUCAUGAAUAUCAGUCAUGAUUGCAUUCCACAGAGAGAGAGAGAGAGAGAGAGAGAGAUUUUGAGGGGCACUGAUCUAAAAUUGUUCGAUUUUCUUUGUGAUGGAUCUUGCAGGUGGUGAGAGUGAUGAAUUGUAGACUGUAGCUAUAAUGUUAUUAUUUAGGGAUAUUCACAUAAAUCUAUCUAAUAUUAUUUGUUAUAAUAUUACUUUUUAUUAAGCUCGCUGUAAGACAAUACAAAUCUAUUGCCAAAGAGAGGGAGGGAGGGAGUGUAAUUCAAAGUUGAAUGACAGCUGAGUUACUGUAUAGUCAAAACAACAAAUUGCCAGCUUUUGAAAGCUCAUUCAUCUUAAAUUCAGCCUUGCAUAUUGAAGGAAAUCCAACUUGCGAACAUAGUUAACCUCUCUGCAAUGGAUGCAUUGUACCAGAGAGAAAAGAAAUCCAUUCUCAGAGAAAUAAGACACAUAAACAGGUAAUUCAACACUUAUGGUUGAUAUAUAGUUGAGGAAACCCUGGAGAUCUAAAGCAAACAUAUAUAGUGUCACUCUGCCUUUGCACUAAUCACAGUGACCUUAUUUACAGAAAAUAUAGAGUAUUAUGAGCUUCCAAAGCCUAUAUGUUGAGACAUGUAUGAAGUGCUAAAGCAGAAAAUCUGUAAGCAAAUUCUCUAUCAGUACAUUGAAAACUAGCUUCUCUAUGUCACCUACAACUUGCUCGACUUCUUGCACUGUAAAUUCAUGCCUCCAGCCCCAGUCCCAUCCCCCGCUCACCGCCCCCUCCGACUUCAGGUCUUUCUCCAGAACUGCAUUAACAUUGUCAGAGGGAAGUUUCUCGGCAUCAUUCUUACUGUAGCUUCUCAAAUUCUCAAUUCCAUUGUACACUUCAUCCACCAGGUGGGAAAGCGAUAUGGAGAUGUUGAAAUUCCUCGCCAGAGCUGUUAAGGAUGGACGUUUGGUUUCUGUACAUUGACGCCUUUUACGUUGCAGAAGUUCGUUUGCACAGUCCAACAAGAGUCUGGUAUCGUCUACACAAUCAUAUUGACUACUUGUCUGUAAAAGUAUGGCCUGGUUAGUAUCGACAUUAAAGAGCUCCUGUGCAGUACUAAGGAAUGAUGGACUGCUCAAAAACAGAUCUUUUUCGUUGGCUUCAGUUCUGAACCAUUUCUCCUUGGUACUAUUGUGACUGCUGCAGUAAUUAGUUUCUUCAGCCAAUUUGACAUCGCUUUUGGGUUGCUCAGUCUCUGGUGUCACAUUGCACAUAGCAUUCUGGCUGCAAUCAAAUUGGUCUGCAAAUGAAAAGGGAAAAAAAAAAAAAAAAGAUCCAUGCAGUCAACCCCAUUGCAAAUGCAAGUAGCUACGCACCAUAAAAUCCACUAUGAAAACAUUAAGAUGACAGUUAUACAUCAAUAAGCCGCUCUACUGUGUACAUGUAGUUCUCUGUAUGAUUCUAUGUAUUCUUCCACAAGACUGAUAAUAUAAUUUCUCUUUAUGGUUGUGAAAA